AUGGAUCCAUUCAAGCUUCAGGUGUUGGAUGCACUUGAUCUCACACCCAAUAUGUUGGACCUAAUCAAGCCCAUUCAUAUUCCUGUGGAUUGGCUUGAAACUAAUCAAGCCCACAUCUUCAAAGCUAACUUACCUGGUUUACAAAAAGAGAACGUGAAAGUUCAAUUGGAAGGAGGAGUUAUGCGUAUAAGUGGAGAGUUUAAGAAGGAUGAGGUGGGCAUAAAUGACAAGUGGCGUUGUUUGGAGAGACCACAUGGUCCUUUCUCUCGUCGCUUCUGCGUCCCAGAGAAUGUCAUGUUGGAUCAAAUGGAGGCAGACAUGACAAAUGGAGUGCUGACUCUGACAAUUCCGAAGGUGGCUGAGACUAAGCCUAAUGUCAGGCUAAUCGACAUAUCUGAAAAUUAA